AUGAAUCGGCGUGGUGGAAGCGUCAGGUAUGACGCAAAGAAAAUGACUAUGCGGAAGUUUAUUAACUUUGAUAGUGACAUAGCGUCAAGAUUUGAUGAUGAGGACGAGGGUACUACUAUUCAGCCACAGCGUCAUUUACGUUCGGUUCGUUGUCGCAUUAGUCCCAGAGAAGUGAUUGUUUACAACUCGUUGUUAGGCACUGCUGAAUCGCUUAUAAUCAGAAAUUAUUUGGAAAAUAGAAGGGAUCAUCAGUUACAGCGGGGUGCAGGAGGCUCAUCUGCAGCGUCAGGAGUUAUUUUAAAUUUAAUUAAGGUUCCCCGAGGUGCAACUUUUGGCAAAGAUUACAUCUUGCAAGUGAUUGGACAGUAUGUAGAUGACUUUAAGCCUAUAUUAUUAAAAGUUGAAAGAAACGAUUUAGUAUUUUUCGUUGAGGAUGACGAGACUGCCCAAGCAAUUAAAGCCAUCUCGCGUCGUGUUAGGCACCCGCAGUCAAAUCAGCCUAUUUCAUUUUUAGUCAGUCGGGUUCCGGCAGGGUUUUCUUCCAUAGGAGCCAAUGAAAAAAGAUUGAUUUUGGAAGUUAUGCAGUCUCGCUAUAAAGCUGAUGAGCACUCUCUAGAUCUUAGCGAGUUUGGUUUGGAUCCAGCUUUUCGCGCAGAGGGUAUGAUUAUAUCGUUAAUUCGCAAUAGUGUCAUGAUGGCAGUAGUGGAUUUGAUCGACAAACAUUUUGGUGACGUGACCGCCUUGAGUGUUAAAUUGAGUUUCUUUUCUGUUAUAUUAUCUAUAUUGCGUUUUUUGGACUACUUUGCAAAUCUAACUUAUCGUAUAAAAAAUCUGCAAGUUCUUGAUUUAUCAUCUAAUCAGAUUGAUCACAUAGCGGAGCUAGAGAAGCUGAAGGGAUGGCCAGUGCACACGUUUUACUUUGAAAAUAAUCCGAUUUGCACUACAUAUGCGUCAGCUGAAGCAUAUACGAGUGCUGUGCAUCGUGUCUUCCCGAAAGUUACAAUCCUCGACGGUAUUCCGACUCAGAGGACAGGAGAUUUAGGAAUGCCGAGUUUGGAUGAUGACCAGUACAAAAUCCCAGCGUCGAAGCCUUCAUAUUAUGGCAGUGAGGAGCGCCGAUCGUUAAUUGAAGCUUUUGUCAUGGAGUUUAUAACUGCUUACGACGAUGCAGACCCGAACAAUCGCAAAAACCUCAUAAACGCUUAUGAGCAAAAUGCCUCGUUCUCAAUGAUGGCAGAAAACCUCCCUGAUGCGAGGGAUAAACGGCCAUACUACGAGUUAGUCAUUGUUUGCAUUUUGGACCUGAAUUAUAAAACUUAUCGAAGUAGUUCUCAUAAUAUAAAUUAUAUGGACAAGUGGGAACGGUAUAGAGAGAAAAUCUUGCAGAAGGGUGCGAUGGAUAUAGUUGUUGAACUUAGUAAAUUACCACGGACGAGGCAUCUUGUUGAAACAUUUAUGUUAGAUAUAUCUAUGGCAACGGAUAAAGUCAUGUGUUUUGCAUUGCAAGGGUUCUUUCAAGACGGACGGGAGGACUUUACAGAGGAUCUGAAGUUCUUUUGCCGUAAUUUUGUUGUCAAAUGUAAAGGGGAAGGGAAGGUCGCUGUUCUUAGUGAUAUGUUAUUUAUAAGUGGAGUUUUUGCCGAACGCGUUCAGCGAUAUAGAGCUUUACUAUCUGGUUUGUUAAAGAUGCCGCCAAAUCUUGAUGCAAGAGAGCCGGCAGUUACUGGGGGAUCUGGUAGUAAUUCUGCUUCAACGUCUGCUGGUGUGCAACAGUUGAAUCCAACUCCCCAACAGUUGGCUGCUGCUGGAGAUGUAAAUAUGCAACAGCAAAUGAUUGAAGCGUUCUGCAGAGACAGCAGUAUGAAACCCGAGUGGUCACGGAAAUGUUUAGAAGAUCAAAACUGGGACUACUCUGUAAGUGCAAUGCACCAAACAGCAGGACAGGCUUUUCUUGCAGUACGCGACAAAAUACCUUCAGAAGCGUUUCAGAAUCCAUAA